AUGAGUCAUAGGAACUUCUCAACUAGUUCUGGUAGUGGAAAUGCUGGCAGGACAUUUGAGUUUGGAAGGACUCAUGUGGUUAGACCUAAAGGCAAGCACCAGGCAACUAUAGUUUGGUUACAUGGUAUUGGUGACAAUGGUUCAAGUUGGUCUCAACUAUUGGAAACUCUUCCUCUUCCAAAUAUUAAAUGGAUUUGUCCAACUGCUCCUACGCGGCCUGUAACCUUAUUUGGUGGAUUUCCUUGCACUUCUUGGUCUGAUGUUGGGGAUAUUUCGGAAGACGCUUCAAGUGAUUUGGAGGGUUUAGAUGCUUCUGCAGCACAUGUUGCCAAUCUUUUGUCAACAGAGCCGGCUAAUAUCAAACUCGGUAUUGGAGGUUUCAGUAAUGGUGCUGCAACUGCACUUCACUCAGCUACAUGUCAUGUUUUGGGGCAUUAUGGGAACGGAAACGUUUAUCGUAUUAACUUAAGUGCGAUUGUUUCUUUAAGUGGCUGGCUUCCUUGUUCAAGGACCUUGAGAAACAAGAUUGCUGGAUCGCGCGAUGGCAUCAGACGUGCAGCGUUGUUGCCUUUAUUUCUCGGCCAUGGGAGGGCUGACGACGUGGUUGCAUAUGAACACGGAGAGAAUUCUGCAAGGACCUUAAGCUCAGCCGGAUUCCAGAAUCUUAUAUUUCGAAGCUACAACGGGUUGGGUCAUUAUACAGUUCCUGAAGAGACCGAUGAAGUAUGCAGAUGGUUAACCGCAAAUUUGGCACUUGAGGGGUUAAGAUUGAACUAA